AUGGAGAACCGGCAGACUUCGCCUUGUAACGACGUAUCCACCUGUACGCAGGCUAACACCGUGGAUGGUCAAAGCUACAGAUCGUUUAUCAGCGUGAAUAAGAGAAUACCUGGACCUACUUUAAUAGUGCCAGAAGGAGCGACGGUGGUUGUUGACGUCACAAACUAUAUGUUCACAGAAGAGACCUCGGUCCACUGGCAUGGUAUGCACCAGAGAAACACGCCCUGGAUGGAUGGGGUGGGGUAUAUCACACAAUGUCCAAUAGAAGCUGGCUCAAGUUUCCGCUAUAUUUUUGAAGCAACACCCUCCGGGACGUUCUGGUAUCACUCUCAUAGUGGCCCGCAGAGAACUGAUGGAUUGUUUAGUGCACUCAUAGUUAAAGAAAAGAACAUCUUCAGCUAUAUGUCAUCCUCGAGAUACGGUUGGUUUCAAGAUCUACCAGAACGACACACUCUUUCGUUACUGGACUGGGAGAGAGAGUCAUCUUUGGAUCUGUUUGUUCAGAUUCAUUCCUCACUGGGUUAUUACGAGGACACAGCCGUCGACGAAGUACCAAAACGACGUAAUACAAGGUACAAAGGUUUUUGUAGAUGAAAAUUCCGAGUGUGAAUUUUAUACAUUUAUUAGAUAGACCUAACCUAUCUUCCUAUGACGCAAAAGUUCAAAACUACUUGCUUAAUACACGUUUUGAUAUUUUUCAGGUACACAUCAACAUGCUCACUCGAUGGAGCAGAGGUCGGCCCAAUCCCCUACUGGUCUGGACUUAUCAACGGUCUGGGCAGACAUGACAAUGUAGCUUUCAAGAAUUCUAGACUGAGCGCAUUUUCCGUUCAACGUCGUUCGACGUACCGUUUUCGAUUAAUUGGAGCUCAGGCGAACUAUGCAUAUAAAUUUUAUAUCGGAAGUCAUAAAUUGCGUGUUAUUGCGACGGACGGGUUUUUUAUCGAACCAAUUUCUGCAGAUUUUUUGAUAGUAAACACUGGGGAACGCUAUGAUUUCUUGCUAGACGCAAACCAGAUUACAGAAACUGAUUUUCUCAUCAGAGCAGAAACACUGGAGGUGAACUGUAGCAGUUUGAAAGUGGACGGAAAAUUAGAAAAAAACGAUGCAAUUGCUGCACUAACUUACGGGAACUCUGUGAAUAUGUCUGUCAUUGAAGCUGCCUAUAAUAAUGGCUUUUCUAAACCGAAUUGCACCAGCCAAAACCCAUGUACUGUCGUCAACUGUCCGUUCAAGAAUUGGGCGGAGCCUGGCUAUAAAUGUGUCAAUGUUGAUCAGUUUCGACUGUUAAUACCAACGCCUGAAAACGAACUGCCGAGGUUUAGUUCAGAAUGGCCAGCGAAGGACGCGACUUUCUUCUUUAAUUUUGGUUUUGAUAGUACUGAAGUCACCAGCACGGUGAACGGACGGAAUUUUUUAGUGCCUAGUGUUUCACUACAGACAGAACCAAAGGAUAAGGAUAAGUUGACAGUGUGUUCAGAUGUGGGUGCAACAUGCAAUAAGGAAGAUUGUCAAUGUACGCAGAUAUUGGACCUUGGGGAAAACUUCUACAAAAAACCAGUAAGGUGAGAGCUUGUCCAGUUUAUUGUUUAUUUAGUUUAUUGAGUUUGUCACUCAUCAGUGAGCAGAUUUCCCACCAGCCAAUUUGAUAAGGAACCUAGGUACCUACCAUUUAACGUCCUUAUCCAAGAAGACGCGAAAAUCUAACCAUUUACUGAUAUCAAUGUGAAGUAGCUUUUUCUCCUCAAUUAUUUUAAGAUCUUGAGUAGAGGGCCGACCAAGGAUUGAACCCAGUCUCUCAGCUUGAAAGCGGGGUGACUACGACAUCACAAGUGUGACAGCUUGUUCACGUUACACAGCCAAUAACACAGCAGGUUGUUGCAAUAUUGUUGGCUGAGCAAUACUGCAACAAUACAACUAUCACGGUUGAACAACAUUGCCGUGAAUUAGCAGAAUUGUUCAUUAUUGUUCCAGCAACGUUGUUCAGUAUUGGCAAACAAGCAAUAGUUGUUCAAGGUUAUUUCAACAG